CUGACCCUAACCUUGACCCUCGUCCUGACUGUGACUCUAUCUCCGCCACUGUCGCUGCCACCACCAUCCCGCGUCUUCUGGGUGCCCCUGCUUCUUCUGGUGAUCGGUUCGAGCCCCGCUCGUGGACGAGACUUCACGGCGCACGACAUCCAGCGACUCUACCCAUCCAGUAAAGGCACAUGGGAUGGGGCGAGCCGCGGGUAGUUCUCGUGCUCAACACGAUCACCGUCGGGGCCACUGUCUUUGCACGGCUCCGGUGUGUCAAAUCCGACCGUCGCCAAGGAGUUAAUGAUUCCGAAGAUGUAUCCAGAGCUUGCAAUCCACUGCGACAUUGGUGCUAAAGAGCACGUGGCAUCAUUUGCAAGAACGGAAAAUAGCGUGCGGGUGUUACAGCUUAAAUUCCUGGUUAGAAUGCUGCCUGUGAUUGGAUAGGUAAUGUUCAAUAGCUGCACCUCCGUGCCCAGCAUUCAAAUCUCCCGUGCAUAAAAGGCAAGGCAGUCUCCGAGAGCUGUCGCAUAGUGAAAUGUAAAGGAAAGCAUUGCAUUCCGACGAUUUCACCCAGCACUCAAAACAUUCAUUUAAUAUUUAACACAGAAGACAAAAGGAUGUGGGUGGGAGCGAGGGUUGGAUUGCACCGUGUCUGGGUUGCUGGGAGGGUGGGGGGCAGGGCUGGGGUUUGGGGAAAUAAGGGAGAUGGGAAGGAGACAAACAAAGUGGUGGGCAAACACACAAUCAUAAAAGCGAUGGGCGCCUGGAACUCGCGGAGAGGGGUAGAGGUCAACCAGGCUGUGAGGUUAAACACAGCAAAAGCUGCGUCCCGUGCCACCGGGUUUCAGGGUGGUCAAACAGAGUUCCAUCGCCGUAAAAAUUCCCGCCGUCGAAUCCAUUCGCUUCCCCCGCAGCGUCUUUCCACAGCCCGUGACACGCUGACAGGACUGUUGAGCGUGCAGACAUUUAAUUACGAGACAGCUCACUCUCUUAUUUAUCCUGUUCCUCCAGCAACUCCUUACCCGGGGGCCUUCAAGUGCUUUACGUGCGAGGAUGCCAAAGACAACUACGAGUGCAACCGCUGGGCUCCCGACACGUACUGCCCCCGAGAGAGCCGAUACUGCUACACGUACCACCACAUGAGGAGCGGCGGGAGCAGCGUCUCCGUCACGAAGCGGUGCGCCGCCCUCGAACAGUGCCUGGGCACCGGCUGCAGAGACGGACCCCUCGCCGGCGAGCAGGAGUGCGUGACUUGCUGCGAGGGCAGCAUCUGUAACCUGCCCGUGCCGCUCAACGCCAGCGACUCGGUUUUCGCCACGGUCCUGCCGCUCAGCGCCGCGCGCUCUGGCACGCGUGGUGCACUCCCGCCCGGACGUCUCGCCGUCCUGGGCCUGCUGGCGGGCGUCACCGCUCUCGGCGUCUGACGCCGUCGCUCAAUGCGCCACGGAUUCCUCCGGAUGACGGUUUCAAGGCCCUUGCAGACACAGACAAGCAACGCACGCGCGGGUACGCCGUACUAUAUCUUUAAUUACAGUUGGCGAGCACACAGGCCUGAUGGCCCAAAUAUGCCAAACGGCCAGCAACAAAUAGCACUGUUAAAGGUGUUACAGCAGGGCUGGCCCAGAAUAGAGGGGAAAAUGAGCAAUUUUCCCCAGGCCUCGUACAAAACAGGGUCCCACAAAGUGCGUUUAUUUUGUUUUUGCUACCUAUAAAUAAGGGGGCCCCAAGUGGCAUUCAGCCGCAAGCCUCCACGAUCCUCUGGGUGGCCCUGCGUUAAUAGGUGGCCGUUAAUAUGUUCCAUGAAUUGAGCAAGGUUAUUAUGACAACUUGGGAAGAGAGCCGAUGGGAGGGAAUUCCAAAAGUCGAGCAGUGUGAGGAAUGAAAAAAAGGAGAGAGUUGCAUUGGGACCUGAAGUGUGGUGGUGGUGGUUGUUGAAUGCAGCGUGAAUGAAACAAGUCAGUGUGUGCUGGUCGACCGAGUCCUCAACAUGGGUGGAGAAAUGAAAAUGAGUGAAGUUCAUGGGAACAGUAACCUUGCAUGGUAGUCGUGAUAGAAGAGCAUCAGCGAGUACCGGAUCAUCAUUAAUUUUUCCUUGUUCAGGAUUCUGUUUUUAGCGAUCAUUGUCACGAGCACUAUUCACGUCUCAACGUGCAACACCUAAACCGGUUUUUAAACGUUAAUAUUUUUAUGAUGGCGACGUGAUAUUGAAACUGAACUACAAUGAGUUUCAAAAGUCCCGGGAGUAAUUUCAACAAAGCAAUAAAAAUAAUGGAGUUACUACAACGGAUAUUCAGCAUAUCACGAUUUUAUCACAUUUCACUGCUUUAUAAUACACUUACGAAUUGAUAGCCGAGUGCUGUCUUCUUUCAGAUAUUAGGCCCUGCACACACCUGACGAUUGGUAGCAAGGGAAACUUGCAUCUUGGGAGUUGCUCGGAAUGGAGUUCGUGAUACUUCUGAGUUGAGGCUUUAAAAAAAAGUUUUUACAAUUUCACUGUAUUAUUGAAAAACACUCACAAAUGUGUAUAACUUAUUUUUAUACUCAAAGCGAUGUAAAUAUGUACAGUUUUUCUUAUAAAAAAAUAAAUACGUUUGUACCAUAAAACUUGUGUUAAAUUGUUUACAAUUUGAUCAAGGACCUGUGGACGAGCAACACACACACGUUCACAAAUGCGUUCUGACAACGGCGCAUUG